GUAUUGAUGUUCAAAAUAUUGUUCUUUAACCAUCGAAGUGGUUCGCUCAUCGCAUGCAUCUUUUUUUGCAUGUUUUGAUAGAAAAACCAAAACAAUGGAAACAGCUUAACAAUAAGCCUCUUGAAAAUUUCUAUAUAAAAGAACAACUUAAUCAACUAGACUCAUUUAAAAAAAGACAAACUUUAUGUAUGUAUAUAUUCUCAUUAUCAUAUUACUGUAAGCCCACAUAUGAACAAUAGAAAAACAAUGUUAUAAAUAUAUUAAAUUUUUUCUGUUCAUGUAUGAUGCAGAUAUACCACAUAUUCCAGCAUUUUCUCAUUACGUUCAUGUUGUGAACGUUCAAAUGUUCGUAUAUUCAAACAAGUGUUUCGUCGUUUUCAUCUCCGCGCAAUACAAAUUCCUCUUGCUCUCUCCCAUAGUUCUCUGACCCUUCGAACAUAAAACGCUGUCAUUAUAGUUUGUGUUUCGACUGUUGUUAAUUCUUAAACGUACUUUUCCUUCAAUAUUCAUUACCCAAUUUAAAUCUUAGUUUCUUCUUUUGAUUGGUACAUUUUCUAUUUCACUAGAUACCACAUUUAACAUUUUUCCAUAAUUUUCUUCUUCCAUUCUUUUUUCUUCAUUUUUUGUAAUUCCUUCGUCUUAAUGUUGAUUCCAUAUAUGUGACGUCAGCAUAUUAUAGAAACCAUGCUAGUGAAAAAUUUGCAUUGUAAUGUCUUUCUCGUCGUUUUGACGUGAUGCGAAAAUCUCUUUAAAAAGAUGACUGAAAGGGGUAGAUUUUUGUAUAAAAAAGUAGAAGCAAAUGAGAAAUUUCAUAAAAAUAGAACAACAAAAUAUGUUGAUACUGAGAAAAAGCACGCUGAAAAUUCACAACGUUACUAUGAAAACCGAAAUCUUGUCAGAAAUCGACUUAAAAGAUUGAAUGGAAGAAAAACUGAAUAUGCAGAAAGUAAUAAGCCAGUAAAAGAUGGCGCAGGACUUGAUUCACCCUUAAAAGCAAAUUACACAAAGGUAGACAAAGAGCUGGAUAAAUUAAAAGUCCUGCGAGUUUCAGAGCAAGAAUUAAUAGAUGAGCUAAUGAAAAAGGAAGAACUGGAGAAGAAUGAGAAAUUAAAAAAAACCCAUUACCCUCAAAAUAGAUUUUCAUAUGUAGCUAAAGGCAAAAACCAAAACGUUUUUUCUAAAAGAGAUGAUGAAAAGACGUUAAAAAAAGAAAGGGAAGUAGUCAAAAAACCGUUUCAAAGAGAAUCCUUUAAACCGAUGUUUUCUAAGAAGCCAAAACCCGACUAUGUGACUGAGAAAGAAAGAAAUCCAAAGUCUUAUCACUUUGUUCCGAAUUAUAAAUACGAUCCAGGAAGAUUCAAAUGGGUGGCACCGAAUGUAAAAAAGGAAAAACUCGUUGAGCAAAAGCAACAGAAUGGCUUGCAAAAUAAAUUACCUGAGGAUAAAUGCAGAAAAGCGGAUACUUGUGAAGGAAAUGAUGAAGGUUUUACAGAGGAAGAUUUUGAAGCCAUGGAUUGUAUAGAAAGCUUCCAAAAAGAAGAAGAAGAACGAAAAGAGCUUUGUAAAAGUGUGGAUGAGGAGAGUCUAAAGGAGACUUUUAAUAUUGAAGGAGAGACAGGCGAAAGCAAAAUCAACGAAUGUAACCUACAAGAUAGUUCAGUUGACAAGUCUAACAACCAGAUACAACUAACAGAUUCUAAAUUACAAAAACAGUCAAUGCAAGAAGAUCCUUCUCAAGUUAAGAAGAUUGGACAAGAAACUCCCGAAAAUACUUCAAAAUUACAAGAAGGAAACGAUGUUCUACCCGUAAACAACAUAGUUCCACAAAAAGAGAUUCAACAGAACGUCCAACAAACAACAAAGAAAAGGUUAAAACUGGAAGAUAUAUUUAAAGAGAUGCUUGGGGUGAAAUGUGAUCCAGUUACAGAACAUAAACCAUGGCAAAACUGUCAAAACGAAGGAACCAGAGGAAAAGAAGCUGAUGGAGUAGCGGCACAAAAAAAGCCUCACUUGAGGAGUAUUGUCAUGGUUGCGGAUCUGGAAAAGGAAUUAAUGAGAGGCUUAAAUAUUUCUGCUAACACAAAAGGAUGUUUAAAUGCUGAUGUCAAUUUAGAAUCUACACAUGGCGAAGAUAGCAAAGAUAUAAAGAGUGAAUGCACGCUAAGUGGGUCAAGCAACAAAGAAAAAGACGCAAAAGAAGAAACCCAAAUUUCAUUGGAAAGUGAUUCAGGAAUUGACUUAGCCAAAGAAAAGAGUUUGAUACAUAAAGAAGGUGAAAAAGUUAAAAAGGCUGAAACAAUUAAUAAUCAUAAAGAAAAAGAUGUACAAGAAGAUGAAGAAGAGAAUGGUGAGGAAAAAAAAGAAGAAAAAGGAAACGAAAAAGAACAAGAACAUAUUGGAGAUCUAGCAGUUGGUCAAAGUACAGAAAUUGUGUCUGGUGAAGUGACGCGACCAAGCAACCCGGCAGAGAGUGACGGUAAUGAUACCGAAAGCAUUAAAAACGACGAUGAUUGCGACGAUACAACUUUUACUGAAACUGGCGAGAGUGAAAGUAGUUUAAGCGAUUCUUCCGAAUACAGCCUAACAGAUGAUAGUAGUGCCUCUCAGAGUUACUCCGGGGACGAUGACCUUUCCGAGACAAAUGAAAAAGACUGUACAUCGAGCAGUGAAAAUUUAUCUGACAGUCGUGAAGGUUGCAGUUUAAAUAAAAAAAGACGGCGAAGCCUAAAGAAAAGAAGCAACACUCAUGUUGUUGACAAAAAUAAUCUGGAUGACAAGACUAAAAACUUUUUGCCACAAAAUUCCGUACAACGAAGAGAAACUACGCCGAUUAGAAAAAUACAUUAUUUGCCCAGCAGGGGAAGGAAUUGUAAAAAGCUUUAUAACUGGAAAACAAAUCAAAUUGAAGAGCUGAAUCGUGGAAGACGUAAAACGUCUGGAUACACUGCACCAAAUACAAAUGUAAGACUGCCCGUAAAAGAUAUAAGUACUGUUCCUAAAAAAGAGAGUCCUGCAAAAAAAACUACAGCUAAAGUGGAAAGUGCCAGCGUCCAUCGAUGUGAUAACAAAACACAAGAUAAAAAAUCUGAGAGUGAAGACAGGAUUCUAGCUGAUGAAGUGGCAAGAUUAGAUGAGGAAAUUCGAAACAAUUUAGUUAAUGUGCCGACUUUUGCUGAUGUGAUAAAGACUCCGCAAAUGACGUCAGAAAAAUCAAUGAUGUCGGCAAAAGAAGAGGAAAAAUGUGAUAAUAAAGCAAUCUUGCAAUUGCCUGACGACAAACAGGAAAUAGAAGAAGAAGAAGAAGAAGAAGAACAAGAAGACAAAGAAGAUGAAGAAGAAGAUGAGCAUAAAAUCCAGACCAAUAACAAAGCAAUACGAACACCAAAUAACACACCAAAUAAUUUAAGUCAUGAUGGUGACAGAUUGAAAGAAAUAUACGAAGAAACUCUUAGAGUUAUUGAUAGGAAUGACAGACCACCUGAAGACAACGUUGAAGGAAACGGAGCGAAGCAUGCAGGUUUAUGUAGAGUUUAUGAGCCAAGGCCGAAAAAGCAAGAUUUUAAAAAUGAUGUGAAAAGAGAUGUUCUUCUGAUGGAAACCUUGACAGUGCAGGGAGGCGAAGACGGAGUGACAGAUCGUGUAGGUCAAUCAUACGGCAUGUUUCAAUCACAUUGGUCUCCAGUGGAGGAAGAAGUUGCAUGGUGGAGUGAUUUAUCUGGAAAUAUAGAAUACGAAGAAUUACUUUUAUUGAACGAGAGGCCGGUCCCCAAGUCGUUGUGUGAUUCAACAGUAUGCAAGAAAGAUUGCUAUUUUGGAUCUGGCAAGCAACUUUAUUUGCAUUCGCCUCGCCAACAUGGUAAAGAUAGCUCAAAAUAAUUAUAAUUAAUUUUUUUAUCUUAAGACAAGAAUUAGGUUUCAUAUUUAAUUGGAAAUCAGUUGAGAAGUU